GGUACGUACAUACUACGCAACACGUGCCUGCUGUGUUUUUGUUAAAUUUGAAAUUUACGUAUUUUAGAUAAAGCCUUCGUUUCAUUAUUAUUGAUUCCGGAAAAUGUAUAUGUAGCAAUAGUGCUAAAAUAUGGCACACAUUUCUUAUCCCUUUAAAAAAACUAACAAGGCUGUAUUUCAAAAACCGGCCUCUGUUGUCUCUCAAGAUUCCCGAUAUUGGAAAUCUUUAGGCUCACCUGUUUUGAUCAAGGAGUUUGGUGCUAUUGACUACCUAGACUUCAGUUCUGUGGAACCAUAUUAUUUUGCUGCAACAUGUUCAGUCAGAGUACAGGUGUAUGAUCCUAUAACAAAAGUAGUAGCUAAGAACAUUUCAAAGUUUGUGGAAGCUGCAUACGGAGCGACUUUCCGAAGUGAUGGCCGACUCCUCGUGGCUGGCAGUGAAGAUGCAGCUGUUAAACUCUUUGAUGUUAAUUCUAAGAAUGUGCUUAGAGUGUUCACUGGCCACACUGCACCUGUCCACAGAACAUUCUUCACAAAAGAUCAAGUGAAAAUUAUCAGUUUUUCUGAUGACAAGUCUGUCAAUUUAUGGGACAUAGCAACAGAAGCUAAAGUUACCAGUUUCUCUGAACACACAGAUUAUGUCAGAGCAGGAGCUCCAAGUCCAAUAUCACCAGAAAUCAUUCUGUCGGGUGGUUAUGACCAUGUAAUAAAAAUGUAUGAUUGUAGAUCCAAUGAAACAGUACUAACAGUAAACCAUGAAAGCCCAGUAGAAUCACUCCUUUUCCUGCCUUCCGGAGGCAUAUUUAUCAGUGCUGGUGGCACUGAAAUUAAAGUUUGGGAUAUAUUCAAUGGUGGCAAAUUAUUAGCAAAUAUUUCACAGCAUCACAAAACUGUGACCACUUUAAGACUCGCUAGUAAUGGUAGCAGACUACUGUCAGCUUCAUUGGACAGACAUGUUAAAGUAUAUGAUGUAUCCAGCUUCAAGACAGUCCACAAUAUUGACUUCCCUAAUGCAGUUCUAAGUAUGGCAAUAUCUGAUCAAGAUGAUACCUUAGCAGUGGGCAUGGUAGAUGGUGUAAUAUCAGUAAGAAGAAGAGAGAAGCCUGUACAACUGAAUGAGGACAGAAAAGGCUUAUUCAAAUUUGCCCCAGAUCAUUUCCAAUCAAAUGUCACUACAGUCGAUACGGUAGUAAAAAAGCAGAAAGCACCCAAAGAAGGGGAGUUUGACAAAUAUUUAAGGAAACGAAAUUAUAGCAAAGCAUUGAACAGUGUACUUGCACGUCGAGGUCUGCAAAACUCAGAAGAAAUUACAGCUGCCUUGCAAGAAUUGUUAAGGAGGAAAGUUCUAAAUGUUGCAAUUAGCAGUUUACCAGAAAAAGGUAUUGAAAGACUUCUCAAAUUUUUGAGAAGGAAUUUAGGUGAGACCAGAUUUACAAGAACUGUAAUUGAUGCAACUAAUGUUUUCAUAGAUGUGUUUGAAAAGGAAAUCAAUACAUUUUCAGAAUCCAAUUUACUCAUGUAUUCAUUAUUACAGAGAGAAGUAAAAAGUGAAAUAGAUGUUUGUAAGAAGAUAUGUGAGUUAGAAGGUGCUAUAGGGCUAUUGUUAUCGGCAGGUCAUAUAAGUACUAGUAGUAAUAUGCUAGACUUAAAUGACGCUUUAGCACCUUCAGCUAAAGCCCUUACUGAUAUUGUUAUUGAUGUAUAAAAUAAAAAAAAUUA